ACACCACACACACAAAGAGACUUAUUAAAAGGAAUUGGCUCACACAGUUAUGGAGGCCGAGAAGUCCCAAGAUCUAUAGUUGGAAGUUGGAGACACAGGAGAGCCAGUGGUAUAAGUUCCAGUCUGAAAGCCCUCAGGCUUAAUAAGACCCAAGAGGAGGGGAUGUUUCAUUCUGAGUCUAAAAGCAGGGAAAAGACUAAUGUCCCAGCUUGAAGGCAGGCAGGCAAGGGAAUUUCUUUUACUCAGCUGUUUUGUUUUUGUCAGGUCUUCAAUUCAUUGGAUGAGACCCAUCCACCUUAGGAAGGGCAAUCUGCUUUACUUAGUCUACUGAAAAUGUUAAUCUUCACUAGAAACACCCUCACAGACACACCCAGAAUAAUGUUUGAUCAAAUAAAUGUCUGGGCAUCCUGUGGUCCAGUCAAAUUGACACAUAAUUAGCCAGCACAUGCAACAUAAAUUUAUUUGUUACAGUAAAGUAAUUCUACCUCCUUUAUUAUGCUAAAUAUUUUAAAAAAUGAGGUCUUAUUAUUUUUUAAUUUUUCUUAAGGUUUAUUUAUUUUGAGAAAGAGAGCAAGAGCAAAGGGAGGGGCAGAGAGAGAGGGAGACACAGAAUCCAAAGUAGGCUCCAGGCUCUAAGCUGUCAGCACAGAGCCCAACACAGGGCUUGAACUCACGAUCCAUGAAAUCAUGACCUGAGGUGAAAUUGGACACUUAACUGACUGAGCCACCCAGGGGCCCCAAAAUGAGUCUUUCUUAUUUAUUUAUUUAUCUAUCUAUCUAUUUAUUUAUUUAAAUGUUUUUUUAUGAGAGAGAGAGAGAGAGACAGAGCACAAGUGGGGAGGGGCAGAGAGAGAGAGGCAGAAACAGAAUCCGAAGCAGGCUCCAGGCUCUGAGCAGUCAGCAUAACCUGAAGUGGGGCUCGAACUCACCAACUAUGAGAUCAUGACCUGAGCCAAUGUCGGAUGCUUAACUGUCUGAGCCACCCAGGCACCCUGUGGUCUUAUUUUUAUAAAAUAUUUUGAAAUUUGUUAGAGGAAAGAUGUAGGCAGUCUUUUGACCCUAGAUGAAUAUCCUACUCUAGUUCUGGUCUUUGAAGUUUUGUUUUUAUUUUGAAGCUGGUGGUGCUAUAAAAAUGUGGUUUAAUUUUGAUUCUCAUAAGGACCAGGUAACUUCCCUGAAUAAUGCAGUGUAGCUCUUUCCUGACCAUGUAAUAAUUAGGUUAUAGUGAAUACUCCUGAUAUCUACUGAUUCUGUUACUGAUGGAUCUAAUCUACUUCAAUUGCUACCCCAGGAAGUGAAUGGGGAAGCCCUGCUGUGCUGCCCAGGUGAACUACUCUAUCCUGGGAAUCCUGAAGGGGCUGGACAGAUGGAGAGCACAGCUCCUGAUUGCAGCAAUUCUCCGGAAACGAAAAUUAGACUAUUAUUUACACAAACUACUCCCUGAGAUCCUACAAUCUGCUUCAUUUCUGACUGCUAAUGGGGCCUUGUAUAUGGCUUUCUUUUGCAUUUUAAGGAGGAUACUUGGAAAAUUCUACUCUUGGAGUCCUGGCUUUGGUGCCGCUUUGCCAGCAUCUUAUGUGGCCAUUCUAAUUGAAAGAAAAAGCAGGAGAGGGCUGCUCACUAUUUAUAUGGCCAAUUUGGCCACAGAAACACUAUUUAGAAUGGGAGUAGCAAGAGGAACCAUCACAACGUUAAGAAAUGGAGAAGUCCUUUUGUUCUGCAUCACAGCUGCCAUGUACAUGUUCUUUUUCAGGUAUGUACUGUUAUACCUAUUUAUUUUAAUGGAAAAAAAUAGUGGUCCUUUGUGGUUUUUUGAAUCAGCCAUAUAACUAAAGUUGUUCCCUAAAUAAUUGUUUCUCACAAGUGGCAUGAGUUGUAUUUUUUUUUCUUUCCUCUAGAAUAGAGAUAAAUCACUGCUUCUUAGUGAAUAGAGGGAGGGAAAGAAGAUUUGUUUUUGUUUUUUUUUUUCACUUUCUACUUAUAGGUUCAUCUUGGGAAGCUGAAUAUGUAAAUUAAUAGUCUCAAAUUCUGACAAGUGAAUUUUUGUUUUUUCUGGACCUGAUUUUAGAUAUUCUUCACUCUCCUUGUAAAACAGUCAGCAUUUUAGAUUUAGAUGAGAGAAAAGUGAUGGUAGAGCUUAAUCUAAAUUUUCUGUGGGGAUAAACUAGCAUAUUCGUCAUAGUCUUUAAAGUAUUGAGUUAGUCCAUAAUGUCGGAGUUGUAUUUCUCAUUCACACUGAAACUGUGAGGCCUGUGGAGGAGUGUUAGGAUGGCUCAGGAUUUCAAGGCCAAUAAAAAGGAUACCAUCGCUGUAUAACCAUAGCAGUGCAGGGAUGGGAUUUUUCACUGGGAAGAGUCCACUCCUUCAUAACCUUUCUGUCAGUGAUACCAGUAAUUUCCAUUUAUCUCACUCUUAUUACACUAAUUUGAAGACACUUUUUCAUGAUUUUUCUGGAUAUAGGAAGAAUUCAAUCACAGCAGGAAGGACCAAACUUUUAAAAUUAAAAUUUGUAUUUGAUUAACAAAGGCAGUUACAUGUUUUAAUAAGAUAUAUUUUGUAGAUACCUUUAAAUAAGACAAUUUAACCAUACCAGAAUUUUAAAACAAUUUUCUUCCAGAACACCCUAAUAAAUAUUUGAUAAGCACAAUGAUAUGAUUUUAACUUAUUAUCACUUUAUCAGCUAUUUUACAUGCAUUAUAAAGUGAUACUGCUGCUGUUACUCUUGUAAAGGGACAGCCAGGCCCAUAGAAGGGAAAAAAAAUGGAUCAAAUUUCAGGCUAGGGUGGCUUGAUUUGCAAAGGAUUGGUAAUGAGUGCAUAGUAUUUUUUGUUGGUUAUUAGUGACUGAAAAAUCAUUGCAGCUCUCUAGAGGUCUUUGUGAAAUUGUUUGAACUGUUAGGGGUGAGGUAGAGGUGUUAAGGACAAAGACUGUAUCAUUGCAUCAAUUUUCCAAAACUUCAUAUUGUAUUCAGAUUAUUAGUAGGACAAUAUUGCAAAAAGUUCACAUGGUUGAUCUUUAUGUUCAUCUAGUCUGAAGAUAAAGCAUACUUAGUGGGGAAAAUAUAAAAAAGCUGAAAACGUAGAAACCUUUCUUUUGUUGACAUCCAUAGGAGGAAAGUACAAUAUCAAGUAAAUUUUCCUUUUGUGAUAAUUCCUAAAAGAACAUAGUUAAAUGCAACAAUCCUUCCCAAUAUGACAUCUAAGGAUAGCAUAUUUGAUCAUCUUUAUCAUUUCUUAGUCAUUAGUUUUGAGGUUUAAAAACAAGUCAUAUGUUGAAUAUAGUGAUAAUACCCAAACUUUAGCAUGGUCCUAGGAAAUUGUGCUUGAAAAUUGCUGCCAUCAACGUAGUAUUUUUGGUGUAGAAAGAAAAUCAGCCCUAUAAAUAUGUAUUUUGGUGUAGAGCUAUGAAACCUUUUCCUGUUUCAGUCACAAAGUCUAGGUUAAAAACAACAAUUUAAAAUACUUUCCAGAAGGCUCAAUACAAGGUUUUAGUGCCAAGAUAAACAUUUUCCGUUUUCUGAGGAAAGGGGUUGUUUUCUCCUAAAAGAAGCACUAUCACCAAAUUCCUAGUGUUCUUGGCAGAAGUUAGUUUGAAUAACUCAACAAAAGAGGUUUGGCAAAUGGCAAAAAAAAAAACCAUUUAUAAAGUACUACACUCAAACAAAACACUGCUACAUGUUUGGCUGAAUUCCGGCAUGUGUUUGCAAUGAACAAACAAUAUUGUACAUAGGAGUUAGUGAGUCUAAUUGCAUUAGAAUAUUCUAUUCUUAAAAUUCAGGUGUAUGGUACGGAUAUUUGAGGUCACAAUUUUCCAUUUAUUAACAAUUUUAAUUUUGUGUAAAAUUAGAUAAAUAUCAAAUGAUAUUGUUCCUUGACCCCCAUUCAUAGUAACUUCCUUUGGAAAAGAGAGGAUAAGGGAAACAUUUUGUUAGAAAGUAAUCAACUUGUCUUUUUAUACUAGCCUCUAAAUGGGAAAAAGGGAAAUAGAAAUAGAUUUUUUCUCAAUAGAGAGAAAAAUGUGCCAGUUUUAUUUAUUUAGAGAAGGAACUUGAGGAAUAGUUCUGUAAGUAUUUUCUAAAAAUGACAUGUAGGAUGUGAUGGUUAUUGUAUGAAUUUACUUAAAAAACAAACCAGUGUUCUUAGUUUUGAAAUUAUG